AUUAUUUCAGGAUGAAAUUACUGAAGCAGGAUGAUGCUGAAAACCUCGCAGAUUCUCAAAACAAUUCGCAAACUGAUGACAUUAUAGAAGGAGAAACAAAUAUGGAACAUUCCUCCAUUACACCAGAAAGUAAUAGAGAUGACACACACGGAGCAUCAAUCAGUGCGAGAGAAGAAAGUCCCAAGGUAAACAAAUUUACAAAACCUUCUACACCGAAACGCAAAAGAGCUCAGAAACAAGUAAAUCAAACUGAAGAUCCGCUUCUAGAAAGGGCAAGGCAAUUUAUCCAGCAACCUAAUGAUCCAACACUGAUUUAUGCUCAUCAUGUGGCCAACAAAUUGAAAAAAUUUCAAGGAAGAACCCGAACACUGGUCGAACGUGCUAUUAAUAAAGUUAUUUUUGAAGCCGAAAUGGGACAUUAUGACACUCCAGCGGUACAAAUGUCGAGCUUAUAUUCUCCCUAUCCAAACUUGAUCCCAUCUCCAACAACCAUCGCAGUACCUCUUUCUUCGCCUUCAUCUUCUUAUUCUUCACAGGAUUCUCCUCUAUCUACAACGAUGCAAAAUAUAAGCUCAUAUUAUUCUCAUAGCCCAAACCUGAUUCCACCUUCAACAACCGUCGCACCACCUCGUAUUUCGCCUUCAUCUCCAAACUCUUCACAGCGUUCUCCUCUAUUUGUGAAAUCUGAUUAUGAACAGUCAUGGAAGACAGUAUCACAAGAACAUGAAAACCUUCCAUCAUAUGAAGCUCAUGCGCCUUCAGUUCAAAAAAUAAUGUUCCACAAGAUGACCUGCUUGCCGAGCUACAUUCGUAUAUUAAGUUGUAAGAAUAAUGUAGUUUUUGUAGUAACGGGUGAUUUUUUAAGAGGUAUAGGAUUUGAUUUUCAAAAAAAAAACACAAAAAUUUGAAAAAACGAUUAAAUCCUUAUUUGAGUCGAUAGAACGGUCGAUAUAAUUUAAUGUUUAAAGAUUAUUUCAUUUACUUUGGACUUGUUGUUUUUUAUUGAAAUUUUCCUUCCAAAUUAGGUACUAAGUACGAUAAAAAUUACGUAAGAUUAAGUUAAAAAUACUUUUUCUAGAAUAAGUUAAUUUAGCUAAUACUUAUUACUAUGUUUCAC